GAAAAACUGUCCGAGCCACAGUCGUUUAGUCACGUCAACGAGAAAAAAAAGUGGGCGUAUGUGUCUAGUUGUAAGCACUUUUUUUGUAUGUAAAAAGACCCCCGCGAAUGUUGUUAAACAGAACCAGACACACUCCAGGCUUUAUUCGCGGGUGAACCUGCGGGUUCACGUCACUUUGAUUUCUCCAAGGAAGAGGAAUAUCAAAAAGAGAUCAGCGGGACUAUCAAAGAUGGCAUUUACGGCCGUGUGGAACUGCUCCGUUCCCUUGUCUGUCAUCACUUUGCUAUCUCUUGUGGGGACAGGACACGAUGACAUCAUCUCUGAGACAUGGCGAGAGCGAUUGCGUCGCCGCGGCAACUGCUCUCCUCCAGCUGUUGCCAGGCGCCAGUCUCCAUGGAGAUGGAUGAGGAUGGGGAUUAAGACGCGUUGCCAGGCGGUGCAGGCUGAGAAUGUGACAGUGUUGGAGGGAGGCACGGCCCAGAUCUCCUGUCGUCUGCAGAACUAUGACGGCUCCAUUGUGGUUAUCCAGAACCCUCGCAGACAGACCCUCUUCUUCAACGGCACACGAGCGUUGAAGGACGACCGUUUCCAGAUGGUUCUCUUCACUCCCCGUCUGGUGCGCAUCACCCUCACCAACGUGAGCGUGUCGGACGAGGGCGGCUACUUCUGCCAGCUCUACACCGACGACACCCACCACCAAGUGGCCACUCUGUCCGUGUCCGUCCCUCCCGACACCCCCACGGUGGAGGUGAAGCAGGAGGCCGUGGAGGGGGGCGAGGUGGAGCUCACCUGCCUGUCGCCGCGCAGCAAGCCCCCCGCCACGCUGCGCUGGAUCAGGGACCGCCGGGAGAUACCAGGUGUGGUGUCCCAGCAGGAAAAUGGGAAGACAGUGAGUGUGUCCAGCACCAUCCGUCUCCCUGUGGAGAGGAAAGACAACGGGGCAGCGGUCAGCUGUGAGGCAUCCCACCCCGCCCUGGGGGGGCAGAAGAGGGUCCGCCACUACCGCCUCGACGUCCACUUUGCCCCCACAGUGAGGAUCAUCCCUCCCCCUGACAUCCUCCGAGAGGGAGACUCUCUCAGCCUCACCUGCUCCAUCACUGGCAACCCACUGCCUAGGGAUGUCCAGUGGACUAGGAUUAAUGACACCUUACCUGAGAGGGCGGAGAUCUCUGGCACCACCCUCCAGGUGUCCCGUCUCAGCCAAUCACACAACGGGACCUACCUGUGCCAGGCGCAGAACAACUACGGCCGUGCCGCUGACCACUACACACUGCUGGUGUACGACCCUGGUGCAGUGAUUGAGACCCACAGUGCAGUACCGUACGCUGUGAUAGGGGGCGUCCUGGCUCUGCUGGUCUUCACCAUCAUCUGUGUUCUCAUCAUCACCAUCUGGUGCUCUGUCCGACAGAAAGGUUCAUAUCUUACCCAUGAGGCCAGUGGGUUGGACGAGCACGGGGAGGUCCAGGAGGCUUUCCUCAAUGGGAAUGAAGCCAGUCAGGGCAAGAAGGAGUACCUACUGUAGCCUCCAUCCCCAAAACCCACACCACUCCCCCAACAUGCCAUGACGGGUGGCCUUUUGAAUCGACUGUAAUACUACUGCACACAGACCACAUUACAGACCACAACAUAAACCACAACAGUGACCGAAAGAGAGGUCCGUCCAGCCCUUACAUUACAACUGUGCCAUACUGUAGGUGUACUGGAGGAAGGAGCAAGGGAGGAUGACAGAGAUAGGGGAAAGUGAUAAUAGGG